AUGAGUCUUCUCCCUUCAUUCCUCCACUUUUCAGCCUUCAAGUUGGAUGCCUUCUCAGGAACUUACUCUUUUGAGAUAGAUGGCAGGAUAGUGAGCUUCAACCUGGAUGAAGCUUUGAAGCACCCACCUGAAGAUCACUCCAUCUUCCAUUCAGUUGAUCCAGCAAAAGUAGAUGUUAUUUCUAGUUUACCUUACCCUUCCUCUGUGAGGGAAGUUCAUUCGUUUCUUGGUCAUGCAGGUUUUUACUGGCGCUUUAUCAAGGACUUCAUUAAGGUAGCACUGCCUUUAUCCCGACUACUGCAGAAGGAUGUUGAGUUCGAGCUGAGUGCAGACUGCGUGGAAGCAUUUGAUAAACUGAAGAUCACCUUAACCCAAGCCCCUAUUGUGAGAGGGCCCGACUAG